GAGAGGCUGCAAAUAAGGCAGAUGUGUUUGUUGUGCAUUUUUAUGCUGUCUAGGCUUUAUUUUAUAAAAGCAGGCAUUCAGGAUUUAAUUUGUGGUAUUUUCUUUAGUUUGGCAUUUUUUAAUUACUUUGUUAAAGUAUAUAAAGUAGUGUUAAUAAAGCAAGAUGAAGAAAUUGCAGUCAAUAAAAGAUGAGGACAAUUUUAAUCAUCAGGGUGCUGUGGAGCUAUUGGUCUUUAAUUUUUUGCUCAUCCUUACGAUCCUUACAAUUUGGUUGUUUAAAAAUCACAGAUUCCGCUUUUUGCAUGAAACAGGAGGGGCCAUGGUUUACGGUCUCAUCAUGGGAUUAAUUUUACGGUAUGCCACAGCUCCAUCUGAUUUUGAAAUUGGAAAUGUCUAUGACUGUGAUAAACUCAAGGCUGGCUUACCCACUCUGCUUGUCAACAUCACAAAUCAAGUGUAUGAAUAUCAGUACAGAAGGGAAAUUAGCCAGCUUAAUGUCAAUGCACACCAAGGGAACGCAAUGCUGCAAAAGAUGACCUUUGAUCCUUCCAUCUUCUUCAAUGUUCUAUUACCCCCCAUUAUUUUUCAUGCAGGAUACAGUUUAAAAAAGAGACACUUUUUUCGCAAUUUAGGAUCCAUUUUAACAUAUGCAUUUUUGGGAACAGCUGUCUCUUGUAUCGUAAUAGGGUUGAUAAUGUAUGGCUUUGUAAAGGCUCUUGUGCAUGUCAAUCAGCUGAACUCUGGUGAUUUUCACUUCACUGACUGCUUAUUAUUCGGUUCUUUCAUGUCUGCUACAGAUCCAGUGACAGUCCUAGCUAUUUUUCAUGAGCUUCAUGUUGAUACAGAUCUUUAUACUCUCCUUUUUGGAGAAAGUGUCCUUAAUGAUGCUGUGGCUAUAGUACUCACACAUUCAAUAUCCAUUUACAGUCCCAAGGAGAAUCCCAAUAUCUUUGAUGCUGCUGCCUUCUUCCAGUCGGUGGGAAAUUUUUUAGGGAUCUUUGCUGGAUCUUUUUCUAUGGGCGCUGCCUAUGCAAUUGUCACUGCACUAUUGACAAAGUUUACUAAACUGUGUGAGUUCCCCAUGUUGGAAACUGGCUUGUUUUUCCUUUUAUCAUGGAGUGCUUUCUUGUCUGCUGAAGCUGCUGGCCUUACAGGAAUAGUGGCAGUUCUUUUUUGUGGAGUUACACAGGCCCACUACACAUACAACAAUCUGUCAGAGGACUCCAAAAUGAGAACUAAACAGUUGUUCGAGUUCAUGAACUUUUUGGCUGAGAAUGUAAUCUUUUGCUAUAUGGGACUAGCACUGUUUACAUUCCAAAAUCAUAUUUUCAAUGCUCUAUUUAUAUUUGGAGCAUUUGUGGCAGUUUUUGUAGCAAGAGCCUGUAACAUAUAUCCAAUUUCAUUCAUUUUGAACCUGGGCCGAAAACAAAAAAUUCCAAAGAACUUUCAACAUAUGAUGAUGUUCUCAGGUCUACGUGGUGCAAUAGCAUUUGCACUAGCUAUUCGGGACACAGAAUCUCAGCCUAAGCAAAUGAUGUUUACAACUACUUUACUAAUUGUCUUCUUUACAGUCUGGGUGUUAGGAGGUGGCACUACAUCAAUGCUUGCAUGGCUCCAAAUCAGAUGUGGACUAGAUAGCAGCAAAGAUCUAAGCAGAGAUACAGCUGCAAAUAACUUGGAUAAAAGCACAACCAAAGCAGAAAGCGCUUGGCUGUUCAGAAUAUGGUAUGGUUUUGAUCAUAAAUAUUUAAAGCCGAUCCUCACCCAUGCUGGCCCACCACUUACUACCACUUUACCAGAAUGGUGUAAUCCUGUAGCCAGGUUGCUGACUAGCCCUAGAGCCUAUGAGGAGCAACUGAAGGAUGAAGAUGGGGACUUUAUUGUGAAUAAUGAUGAACUGACCCUGAAUUAUGAUGCUUCAGACCACUUUCCUGUGCCAACUCAGAACAGAACAGAGUCAUCUCAUUCUGCUGGCAAAGAAAACAUCCAUGAUGGUGACCUUGGCUUAGGGGGAUGUGAACUCCACUCCAAACCUGCUUCAGGUCAAUCUGAGUUUGCUUCCUCAGCCUGAUGUCCAUUAGAAAAUACAGUAUAUGCUACAAAUAUCAGAAGCAGAAGAAAAGUACAUUUAUUUUGCAGAAUUAGCAACAAGGACAUGAUCAGAAAAGAAGCAAGACUUUGCUGAAUCUCUCCCUAGAGUUCAGAAGAAUGAGAAUUGUUUAAUAAUUCAUAAACAUUCUAUUACUACACUUAAUUUUUCUGAUAGUGGCCAUUUUAACAAUGAAAACAAAGGCAUCCUCUGUCUAUUAUUGGGACAUUGCAUAUAUGCUUAUGGGCUGUGUGGAUCAUGCUUGUUUGCACAUGCACAAAACCUUUUGAAUUUUUUCCCUUAAUUAUUCAGGAAGAGAGAAUGAGAAUUUAGUGAACUAAUAUAUGCUUCCAAAAUCACAGAUAUAUCAGUAUCAUAUAUCUCUUCCCGUGUAGAACUUUUUCAAUAAGAUGGAAAUUUCUGAAGUACAAGCCAUAAUUCCAGCAAGUGGCAAAAUAAUGGUUUCCUAUACUGUAUGGUAGUCUGACAGCAAAUGGUCCACCAUAACUGCUUGUUAAUAUUUGAGCUGCUGAAAUUUAAACAUAUCAAUAACAGAGACCUUAAUUUUACCAUAUUAGAGCAUGAUUGUUAGUAUAAAUAGCAAUUUUACUUCCUCCCCCAAUUCAUUCUCUGCCACUCCUAUGCAACAGAUUCAUAAUGCAAAUACUGUGUGCUGACUUUCUUCAGAUUUACUGAUAUUCUAUGUUUAUACCUAGAAUCUGACAGGGCAAAGUACAUGAGUAUCACAUUCAAGAUUUCUAAAAUAAUGUCUGCUAUAUUUCUGCUCAUUUCCUAAACAGUAAGAAAUGAGAGAGAGAGAAUUGUGGGAGAAAAUGUCAGCGGAAUCAUCCAUUAUAAACACAAGUACUUAUAAUAUCAGGAAAGUUGAUGACAGUUGUCCAAUUUUUUUCACCUGAAGGUAGUGCUCCAUAGCUUUAUAUAUUAGAGACUGACCUCUUGAAGAGCUCCAGUAUGGACAGAAUCUCCUGGUUGCACUUGCAAUCAUUUCAUAUCCAAAUAAAACUGCCUUAU